CAACAGAAACCUCACCAAACUUGUUAGUCAUACUUUUCAUUUCAUAUUAAUUCUGGAUGGCUGAAUAAGUUUGAGUGAUUCAUGACCUAGGUUAAAAUUUAACAUCAGCCUUUAAUGUGUUUGGCCUGACACAUGGUGUGCCUUAUAAUAUUGAUAUAUGUCAUCGACCCAGCAAUCUGCAUCAGCUUGUAGAAACAUGUCAUGGAAGGAAAAUGACACAGUAGUCCUGAUCUACUUCUCUGUCAAAGCUUUAAUUAAGCAUUCACACUGUCUGCAAAGGUGUUUGGGGGAACUCAAAAGAUGCCUGUACUAUUGUUCACAGUAUUUUUGUUUUGAAUGAUUAGGAGGAUAGGAAUAUGUCUCAUAAAUCAGACUUCUGUGACCUGGUCAGCACCUCAACAGCAUCCAGAAUUUCUGUAUAAGUUGCUCUCUGGUAUUUCAUACAUAAAAAAAAAUCCCACAAAUUAAUGCAGCAGAUUAUCCCUGAUGUGUUUAAGUGUUUUCUUCCAGCACCAAGCAGAGCAGCAGCUGCAGGGAGUUCAGCAGACCUCUCAGUUUCUCUCACAGUGGUUCUCAUCCCUUUCUCAGAAAUACAGAGGUGCAAACCUGAGGACAGAUUUCCCCUUUGGGGCUCAUUUCUAUUGCUGACACCAACUGCCUGAAGGCUGUGACAAGGCAGUGCUCAGCCAUCUGCAAGCUUGUCAGCUGGGAGGUAGAGCUUGAACAUAGCAGGGUUUCCUUUAGCACUAACUGCUCCUGAAAUGAGCCCCUGCCAGAGUGCCCAGGAACAGCACUGCUGUGAUAGAGCCUCCUGUCUGCCUCUGCAGAGGUGUCUUAUUAAGGUCAUAUGGAUGUUGCUUUUUCUUAGGAAAAAAGAAUGUUUUCCCUCUUUUAAGGGAAAGCUUUUGCCUUAGCAGAACCAUCUAAAGGGUAGGAGUGCAACUGCUGCCAUCCUUCCCCAGGGCAGGAAGGCCGCUUGUAGUAGCGAUCCUUAGCAGUACCAGCAGAUGUUUCUUGCCCUCUUCAGUCCCACGAUGCCACAAUUGCAUCAAUUCUUUUGAUUCAGUAGCAGUGGAUGAUAAAAGUACUGCCAAUAGCUCAGCUGGCUGUUUAAAAUCAGUUCCAGCAAGCUUUGCUUCCCCUCUGACCAAUUCCUGGCUUCUACAUCCCUUAUGCUUGGCUGUCCUCUGCUCAGGCAUUCAGGCUUGGACUUGGAAAUCCCCUGUUCUCAGUGCUGAACUGUUGUUUUCUGGCAGCAUUUACCUGUUGUUCUUGUAGAAAUGAGGGCUCUGUGAAGCCUGUGCUGUUAUUCAGACUAUUAACAGAAAGCAUAAACUGAAAGAAUCUCAGCCACAGGCUACCCAGAUGGGAGCUCAUGGUGCUUCAUCUGAGCCUGAGCUGGUUUGGGGUGCAAGACAGGAGCAGUCUGCCCUGAGCAACCCUCAUCUCUAUAACAGCAGAAUGAGUGCAGUACUGGGAUCAUGAAUAAAAUAAUAUGCUAUGCAGAAUGUAAGCAAAAGGUCAAGUCUUGAAAGAUUAAUUAAUAUGUAAAUUCAGAAGCACUGGCUAAAUCAGACUGUUGUUGCUCAACAUUUAAGCAUAACAAAACUGAGAGAAGAAGAAGCAGAGAAAAGAAAAAUACCACAGCUAGAGUGCUGCCUUUACAAGCUUCCCUCCACACCAGGGAAUCUGAAAAAAUGGGAUUUUUACAUCUCUCAAGCCAGCACUGAAAACGAAUGGGGAUUGAAUUGCUUUGCCUCUUUUUCCUAUUUCUGCAAAGAAAUAAUCAUGUGCAAGGGACCUGUUCUCAGGAAAGUGGAGUGACUUGUGAAGAUUGUUUGCUUUCCGGACCGCACUGUGCUUGGUGUUCCCAAGAGAAUUACACAGAUUCAGCUGGAAUUCAUGGGAGGUGUGAUACCCCAGAAAAUCUUUUGUCAAAAGGAUGCCAGUUGAAUUUGAUUGAAUUUCCCGUUUCAGAAGUGGAAAUUCACAGAAACAAGCCUCUAACUAUAGCAACCCAGAAGGACAAUUCUGAUGUCACUCAGAUUUCUCCUCAGAAAUUAACACUCAGGCUGCGACCAGGACAUGAAGAAACAAUCCAGAUCAAGGUUCGGCAAAGUGAAGAUUAUCCAAUUGAUCUCUAUUACCUCAUGGAUCUUUCAGCUUCCAUGGAUGAUGACCUGAAUACAAUAAAAGAAUUAGGCUCAACUCUUUCCAAAGAAAUGUCAAAACUGACAAGCAACUUCAGACUGGGUUUUGGAUCUUUUGUUGAAAAACCAGUUUCACCAUUUAUCAAAACUACCGCUGAAGAAAUAAACAACCCUUGCAGAAGCGUACCAUACGAGUGCUUGCCCACCUUUGGAUACAAGCAUGUUUUGUCACUGACAAACGAUGCUGAAAGAUUCAAUGAAAUUGUGAAAGGACAGCGAAUCUCUGCUAACAUAGAUACUCCAGAGGGAGGAUUUGAUGCAAUUAUGCAGGCAGCUGUUUGCAAGGAAAAGAUUGGAUGGAGGAAUGACUCUCUGCAUUUGCUGGUGUUUGUGAGUGAUGCUGAUUCCCACUUUGGGAUGGACAGUAAGCUGGCAGGAAUCGUUAUUCCUAAUGAUGGGAACUGUCACUUGGACCACAACAAUGAAUAUUCCAUGUCAACUAUUCUGGAGUAUCCCACAAUUGGACAAUUAAUUGACAAACUUGUGCAAAACAAUGUUUUGGUAAUUUUUGCUGUCACGAAUGAACAAGUUCACACAUAUGAGAACUAUGCAAAGCUUAUUCCUGGAGCUACAGUUGGUCGACUGCAGGAGGAUUCUGGAAAUAUUCUCCAGCUGAUCAUUGCUGCAUAUCAGGAGCUGAGGUCCGAGGUAGAGCUGGAGGUCUCUGGGGACACAGAAGGACUCGAUCUCUCUUUCACUGCCAUCUGUAACAAUGGGACCUUUCUUCCGCAUCAGAGGAAGUGCUCUCACGUGAAAGUGGGAGACACAGUCUCUUUCAAUGUGACCAUAAGUCUGCCCACUUGUGAUAAAACCACCAGGCACGUUGUGAUAAAACCAGUAGGUCUCAGCGACAUGCUGGAAAUGGAAAUCCUUCCCCAGUGCAGCUGCGGCUGCCAGGCCGAGGCUGAGAGCAACAGCUCAAAAUGCAACAAGGGAAAAGGCUCUUUUGAGUGCGGAGUGUGUGUCUGCCACCCCGGGUACAUGGGUCCGAACUGCGAGUGUGAUGAGAACGCCCUCAGCACAGGAUCCUGCAAGGGCUCCGUGGAGCAGAGCUCCUGCAGUGGGAGAGGCAGCUGCUAUUGCGGGCAGUGCGUUUGCCACCCAUCCAUGUAUGGAAGAGUUUAUGGGGCGCACUGUGAGUGUGAUGACUUCUCGUGUGUGAGACACAGAGGGCUUCAGUGUGGAGGCAAUGGAGACUGUGACUGUGGUGAAUGCGUGUGCCACAGUGGAUGGACUGGUGAAUACUGUAAUUGCACAACUGACACCAACUCCUGCAUUUCUGAGGAUGGAACGCUGUGCAGUGGGAGAGGCGAAUGCAUCUGCGGGUCGUGUGUAUGCAUACAUCCAGGGGCUUCAGGCCAAACCUGUGAAAAAUGCCCUCUGUGUGGUGACCCUUGCAGUUCCAGACGGAGCUGUGUGGAGUGUCAUUUGGCUUCUGAUGACAAGCUGCAGGGAGAAUGCAGUGAAAAAUGCAAAUCAGUUGAUGCAACUGUCAGCACUGCAGAGGAUUUUUUGGAGGAUAAAUCCAUUCCUUGCUCUUUUCAGGCGGAAAACGAAUGUAUAACCACUUUUCUUCUGGCUGUGGAUGAGCAGGGAAGGACAGUCAUCCACAGCAUAAAGCAAAAAGAUUGCCCACAGCUUCCAAAUAUCCCAAUGAUAAUGGUGGGCGUCACCCUUGCUAUCCUUCUCAUUGGUAUUGUGUUACUUUGUAUAUGGAAAUUGCUGGUGUCCGUUCAAGACCGAAAAGAAGUAGCCAAGUUUGAAGCAGAAAAAUCAAAAGUUAAAUGGCAAACGGAAACAAACCCACUGUACAGAGGUUCAACGAGCACUUUCAAAAAUGUAACUUACAAGAACCAAGAAAAGCAAAAAGGGGCCAUGGCUGCAGAUUUCUAUUAGCACUUUGAACCCUACAAACUUAGUUCUGCUGUCAGGAAAUCUAAGAACACUGAUUUUUGUGUCUCCUCAGUUGAUUAUGUGCUCUUUGUUUGCACAUUGCAGUAGUAUAAUCAUUCUGUUAGAGAAAAUAUAUCUUGUGGUGGGAGAACUAUGGAUAAUAAUAGUAAAGAUUAGUAGAAAUAUAUUUUUAAAAAAAACUUUAAUAUCAAACCGCCUCCAUUUCAGAAAAAUUUUAUCACCUAAUAUUUGUUAUUAGCUCAUUAAUACUGAGCUGUAUGCGACUUUGUUCAUCCACUGACUCUGACAUGUUUGUGUUUAGGAAUGUAUUCGUACUGGUCUGUUUGGUGGGCUGGCUUGAAUUUAAAAAGGUUAAUUUUUCAUACAUGCUGCUUAAGCUAGAGAGCUCAGUGGUUUCUCAUAUCAACCGUGUAACUGAACAGGUUUUCAUUGGAAACAAAUUAUGUGUGUUAUGGCAUAUCUUCCAUGUAUCUAAGGUCUAUAGAAACACUCCUCUCCAGUUCUUCCUUCUUCUCCUACUUCCCUCUUUCCUUGACCUUGAAUUGGUUACUGUUUGAUGCAGUUUAAGAAUCGAGCACCUAAGGUUAUCUCAGGGAAAGCUAAAUCAAGCCCUAAUUAGCUCACAUAAUUGUUUUCUGUCUAGGUAUAAAAGGCUUUUUUCCCUCUUUCCUUUGAAUUUCAGUAGAGAGGAUCAAGAGCAAAAGAGAAAUAUUUGCAAAUUAGAGACUGCAAUAGAGAAAUUUUAGAUCAGAGGAUUUUUACCACUCACAUCCUGUUUAGGCAUUCAAAAUAAACUUUUCAUGUUGGAUCAUUACAUGAACUCCUGCAUGUAGUGCAUGGAAAGCUGAUUCACAAAGGCUUAGUAUCACACACAAAGAUGGUAGAUUUUUUUGUUGUUGUUGUUGAGAAACCCUAAACUGAGAGGUUCUUUCAAUGCCCAGCAGCCAAACCAUGUACUGAAGUGUGAAAUAACAUAGGUUCAACUUCCUUGGGCAUUUUUUUUUUUUCAAGUUAAGCAAUAAAUAGAUCAAUGAAUUCCACUUGAUAUUAAUUUCCAUGCCAAUACUGAGGAUUUCUAAAUUCCACUUUUAACUUGGUACUGAUGACUCGCCAUAACUUCUUAAAUUGUAAUGCUGGUAUCUUGACAUCAUUAAGAAAAGAAGCCUCAUCAAUAUCAGCUAACCCUAUGGAUUAUGGAUACUAUGGAUACUUAUAGUACUGGGCUAUCCUAGGCUAACAAUAAUGUAGUUUACUUUUUAAUAUCACUUUUUUAAUGCUCUGGAAUAGAUGGUCAAAUUGUACGUACUUACAAGAGAAGACUUAGAAAACAAAGGUACACUGGCACAGUCACAGACGGUUACGUACAUUCCCUGUGGUAAAUUAUGCAUUUGAUCUAAACACUUGUCCAUUUUGUAAUGAGUAUUUACAAAGUCUGUGCGACUUCAGUCUCUGUACCAUCUACAACCACUGCAUGUGAGACUGAUGCUAUCACGCCUGUUUUAGGGCCUGAUCCAAAGCCUAUUGGAGUCAGUGGCUACAGAUGAGGAUCUAGUUUCAGUGAAACUAUUAGUUUUGGUUUACAAUGAUUGUUUUGUUUAAACAAACCAGUUAAUACUGUCUAUUAGUGGAUUAGAAACUAUAGUAUAUAUUUCUGUGCAAAGAGAAAUAAUCUCUGACGCCUUUGGGAAGAAGGUGCUGAGCGCAUAAGGAAUACAAAAUGAUUGCAGUGUGAAGGGAACGAUGGCUGUCAUUACACUGGAACAGAUUAAUUACAGACUACAUCUUCAUUCUUCAGUACUCUUGUGUAUCUCAAAAUGAAAAUGUGCAUAGGCAAAUUUUCCAAUUUUCCCUUGUUUUCUCCUUGUUACCUCUGUUUUCCCUUGUUUUCUCCUGUUUCCAACCACUGAACUGCCACAGAUGUUAGUGCAAGUUGCUAAAUCCUGCUUCCCUGGUACACGGAUAAACCCUGGGUGGCAAAGCUGGCCCCUGAACUGUCUUGGAUUCCACUUGGGCCAGGAGUGCCCAAAGGAGUAGGGAAAUCCAGAUAUAGCCGGUGUGAAUAAUCUGUUACUCUUCUGUUUUUCAAGUAAAGACACUGAAUAUCAAUAUUUUUCUGAAAGAAACUGAUGUUUGUUUUGCUUUGCUUUGGUUGUUUGUUUGUUUGUUUUUUACUUUUUAAAGUGUAACAAAAUCUUCACUGUUUAUUGAGUCUUUUAAGUUCUGUUUCUGAGAAAGCUCAUUCUGCAGCUCAGUAUGAGUGUUGAAAGUCUUCUUCUGUAGGUCACUCAUUUCAACACUGAACUACUUUUCCAUAUUCAAACAUUGUUAUCAAAGUAGUGUUCACAUUUCGUAUGAAAUGUUUGUUAGUCUGCAUUCUGUGUUUCUAUAAGAGAUUUCAUUUCUCUAAACUCUGCAGUCUGUUCCCAUCGCUUACAUCUUCUGAUCAUCAGCAAAGAUCCAAUUUGGGAGGGAGGCAAUAUUUACACUCCAGUUAAACCUCCUAGCAAUCUCUCUGCAAAUUAUCAGAAAUCGGGCAGCAUGUUCUGCAGUUUCCCUGCUGUGACCAAGAGUACUACAAAUGUGCUGUGCCACCUUCAAAACUGUCAGGAAGAAAAUAACUCCAAUAAUUAAGCAUUCAUUAGAAGAGAGUAAAUAGAAGGGCUUGGUGAGAAAGCCCUCUGCUAUUGAGGGAUGAACCAGGCUUUUCACAGCGUUAAUUUAGAUCAUAAAUUUUGACAAAAAGAAAAACACCACAAAAAAAAAACUAGAUUUCAAGACUGUAAUUGGCAUUCAAUGUAGAAAUAUAGUGGUGUUCAUGUCUUUUUAUUAAUUAUAUUACUUUCAUCUUGUAGUGUUUGUAUAGAAGGUCACUUUUCUUCUUUUCCUUUUUAACUCCACCAACUUACGAGUGGGUUUGUGUGUGGUGAGUGGGAUGUGAAUGUCUUCCUGCUGUUUUUACAAAUACUGUUUUGACCUGGGGCUGGACCUUGAGAGUGGCCAAAACAUUUUUAGUAGGAAUUUUAUUAACUGAAGACCUAAACUAAAGAGUAAUAAUAAAAAUCAGUAGCUAUUAUAUGGUGUUUGUGUGUCUUUUAUAUCUUGUAGAAUGGUAUUUUCAGUAAUUUGUAUUAAAUUGAUGAUUUUUCAUUUGAUUUAUAUGUUAACCUGUAUUGUACGUGCCUAGACUGCAUUUAACCUUGGUCUAUAAUUACAGCCAGUGGGUAAUGAGCCUGUGAUACAAGCGUGAGGUGUUGUACUCUCUGUGUUGUCCACCAUUAUGCAGAAGACCAGGUUUCUUUUGCAGUGGCCAUAAGGAAGUUAUUGUCUGACAAAACUCAACCUACACAGUCUGAAAGUAAAAAGGAGAUAAUUCUUAUCUUGAUCUGUUUGCAAGAAACAGGUAAAUACCUCAACUUUCUGUAAAGGAAGGAUUAUUGAAUCUUCAAUAAAGUUUAUGCAAUUGA